AUGGCUAACAAAAUCUCGCCUAAAAAAUGCGGUGUACUUGGAUGCACUGGCUCAGUUGGUCAGCGUUUUGUCCUCCUCUUGAAUAAUCACCCUUUCUUAGUGCUCUAUGCCAUAGGUGCAUCAGAGAGAUCGGCGGGAAGAAAAUAUAAGGAUGUUGUCAAAUGGAAGCAAGCUACUCCCAUGGGUCCCGGCGUAGAAGACAUGAUCGUCAAAGAGUGCAAAGCAUCCGAGUUUUUGGAAUGUGAUAUUAUCUUUAGUGGUCUCGAUGCCAAUGUUGCAGGAGAUAUUGAGAUGGAAUUCUUAAAAGCUGAACUGGCCGUUUUUUCGAAUGCAAAGAAUCACAGAAGAAACCCACUUGUACCACUCGUAGUACCAACUGUUAAUCUAUCUCAUUUCGGCUUGAUUCCUUCUCAGCGAAAACACUUCGGCACAAAAACAGGAAUCCUAGUUUGUAAUUCAAACUGUGCCGUAAUUGGCUUAGUCAUUCCAUUUGCAGCUAUCCAAGCGAAAUUUGGACCCAUUGACCAAGUCAGCGUUGUUACUAUGCAAGCAGUCUCUGGAGCUGGAUAUCCAGGCGUCAGCAGUAUGGAUGUUCUCGACAAUGUGAUACCCUUUAUCCCGGGUGAAGAAGAUAAGUUGGAAACAGAGGCACAAAAGAUACUUGGAGAACUAAAUCCAGAGGCCACAGAAAUCCUACAUCAAAAUGAACUGAAGAUUUCAGCUGCGUGCAACAGAGUAGCAGUGUUAGAUGGACAUAUGGCAUGUGUUUCACUUAAGUUCCGAAAAAGAUCUGAACCUUUACCAACGGUCGAAGAAAUAAAAAAGGCCUUAAGAGAGUACGUUAGUAUUGCAGAGGAAAUAGGAUGUCCUUCGGCACCUAAACCUGCCAUAAUGGUGACAGAUGAACCAGAUAGACCCCAACCUAGGCUAGACAGAAAUUUGCAAAACGGGUAUGCGAUAAGUGUUGGUCGGGUCCGAGAAGAUGAAAGUGGAAUUUUUGACUUCAAAUUUGUCGCCUUGAGUCAUAAUACCGUAAUCGGAGCUGCUGGCUCAUCCAUAUUGAAUGCUGAAGCCGCCGUACUCAAGGGAAUCAUAUAA